AUGAAAGAUUAUUUAAAACUUUCAGAAAAACCGACAAAUAAUUUCAGUGAGUUUGGAGAAAUGAAAAAAGAAAAUGAUUUCAAUUCCAAUCCGCAGCUUGCCAAAGAAAAGAGUUUUUUAAAAAAUAUUGCCGCCGAUUUUAAUAAAGAAAUUGAACUAAAUAGCGAAUAUGAUCCUUCCCAAAAUAAGCGUUCUUUUUUGGACGCUUACGUUGCUAAAUGGACACCGUGGUCAAGCUGCAGUGUCACAUGCGGUCAAAAUGGUUUGAAAACGCGUAUGCAAGUUUGUUUGCCAGGCUCCAUGGUGGAUGAACCGCUGUGUUCACGUGAAGGUUCAAAGUUGAAUGAAGAAUCCGUUCCUUGUGGAACUGAUGUGGAAUGUGAGGAUUUACUGGGAGUUUGCAAUGGAAACUUGAUCAAUCCAUCAUGGAACAAAUUAUUAGCUCCGUAUUUAUUUUACCGCGAACCACUGCAAAGCCAAUCUCAAACUAAUUUGCCAAUACAAAAUCAAAUUUAUCCAAGCAUUCCCAUACAAAACCAAGUUUAUUCCAACAGAACAGUUUGUAACCAACCUCCUUAUACCGUACAAGAAUUCAGUUUUUUACAGCCUAAAAAUACUGCAGCCGUAUAUUCAAGUACAUCAGUUCCAAACUCUUUGCCUCCUGCAUUUCUUUCAGCGCACGGAGAAUUGAACAACUGUCAAUGUUCUCAACAAUUUUUCAACCAUCGUUCCAAUUCAUCUGUUUUACAUCCUGUUCAGCAAAUUCCAUCAAUGCAAAAAUACUCGUGUAUGUCUCAAAUAAAUGCUCUUCCUAUUUCUAAACGAUACACAUUUGAAAACGAAAAUUCUAUCUGUGAGGAAGAUAAAGAAAUUCAAGAUAAUAUUUUUAAAGACAAUCUUGAUAAAUGCCGAAAAGAAUUGAACGAGUUAAAUGAUGAAUUAAACAAGGAAGAGUGUAAAGAUAACUUUAAAUUAACCAAAAAACAAAUUGAUUUACUAAAACGUCUCCACAGUUGUUUGGAAAAACAGAAACCAAGAUAUCAUGCUAAAAAAAAUAAACAAAAUCAAUCUCUUAAAAACCGUGAUAAUGAAUCUCUUAUUAGAGCAAUUGAAAAAUUAAAUUGUACUUUGGAGAAAAAAUAUAGAGCCAAUAAUCAAUCAGUUUGCAGUUCAUCAUUUCAGAAACCUGAUGAUAGGUUUUCAGAAAAGAAAUUUGAAACUCCAAACGACUGUACAAAAAAUGAUGUUGAAAUACGUAAACGAAAUAGACAAAACGUCGAUAAUUGCCGAACAAAUCAAAGAGGAUCGUACGAUUUGCAACCAAAAAAGCGUUGCUGCUACAAGCGUAUAGUCGAGAAUGAUUCUGAUGAUUACAGUGAUCGAAGAUCUAGAAAAAAUAAUAGAUGUAAAGACACAGAUAAAUCCACAAAAUCAUCGCCAUCAAGAAAAAAUUCAAGACAACCAUACCCUAGGCCAAACUAUACAGUUAGAGCAGUUAUGGAAACAAAAAAGUGUGAACAUAAUAAUUAUUUUAAAGAAAAAGAAUUUGCGAAAUAUAAAAAUUUUAAACGUCGCACAGCUAAUGCUAACGAAAGCAACAACGUCGCACAAGCAUCAAACGAAAGUAACAAAGCUCGUGGACAAACUCUAGAUCGUCCAAAUGAUUAUAUCUGCAGCAACAAAUCCAAGCAUUCAAACUUUCAAACAUCAACCUUCUGCAAUAAUUGCAACAACAACUUAACACUUGAUCAAUGCAGUUUCGAAACUCAAUCCACAAACAAUGAAGUAGUUUUAGAAGGAAAACUUGAGGAAAACGAACGUAGUUCCACUAACAUUAGCACAGAUAUAUCAAAAUGCAUUACUAUCGACCUUCCGUCAAAAUCAUCGUUGAGUGAUAUUUCUUUAGAAAGCAAUAAUUCAUUCAAUCGGGAUAUUCACAGUGAACAUUCAACGUUUAGAAGUGAUGAGAAUGAGGUUGAUAACAAUGGCAGCGUUAUUACAAAACUGAAAAAAAGACAAACUCCAUUUGCAAAAACUCUCAACUCAGAGACAUCGCAAAUAGAAUCUUAUAAACUAAACAGUUCUAGAUCAAGAAAUGAAAUAAACAACGCUCUAGCCUUAAAUUUUAACGACGAAAAUGGUAAAUUUAAUUCAACAAUAAAAAAUAAUUUAUCAUUAUUUAACGAUUUAUUUGUUCAGAAAAUAAUUCUAGAUGAUAUUUUUAUGAUAUCAUUUUGA